AUGCUAUCUCCGCGCUCGCGCGCACGCUCUCCGCAUGCGACGGCUGUCCCGCGCCGGCGAAACGGACGCCCACAGGCCUGCGAGCCAUGUCGCGGUCGCAAGGUCGGCUGCGACCACCAGCUCCCCGUCUGCUCGCGCUGCAGAAAGGGGCGCAUAGAACACAAAUGUAUCUACAUGGUUGCCAAGAAUCCACCGUCUCCCACCCCUCCGCGCACCCGUGAGCUACCGUCCAACCUGCCCUCUCCGGACCGGCCUGCUAGGACGCGCAUCGUCACCAGUCCCAGGACCGCUCGGCAGGGCCAUGCGGCUAUAGAUGCGCGCCCUUCUGAGAGCGUCAGAUACGAGGCGCUGGGCUACAUGGGUGCGACCAGCUUCUCGAUCGAUCUCGAAGAAGCACAGCGCCGUCUCAUGUCCAUGCCCGGCGCCGAGGGCCCUGUCUCUUCCGUGCCGCCAUCAGAUGCACCCUCGCUUUCGCUGCGAGACUUUAACCCUCCAGCCGCGGCCAUAAAUGUUAUUCGCAACAUCCCUGAUCGCGCGUCAAGCUAUUAUCUGUUUGAGACAUAUCGAAAUAUUCACGACGCUUGGUGUCGACUUGCCGCACGCUGGUUAUUGCACUCGCUAUGGGACACUUUUGGCGACAUCCUCGAAGGAGACAGAAGUGACGAGUCCCUCUCUGUCAUGGCCAAAAAGUUAUGUCGCAAUACUUCCUCAGUGCUCCGAGAGGACCACAAGGACCCCAAGGAGUGGUUCAACGAGUUCUCUGGUCAUAAUAUGCGAUGGGAAUGCAUCGGGAUCCUCUUUGCAUACUGGAGUUCUGGGCUACUGAGCUUACCGCGAGAGACUUUUAAAGGUAGCUGCAAAGCGUUGAAUGAUAUGGACCGAAGGUCUGCCCUCGAAUUUUACAAGGAAUUGGUCGCUGAUUGCGCCAAUCUUUGCUGGAACGCGGGUAGUGGAAACACGUUGCUCUGCUUUCUGUUAUUCAAGAGGAGCCUGCUGCAAUCCAAUAUUGGCGGCGAUGGUGACAUUCGUCACUUUAGACUACAUGGAGAUCUCGUCGCAUUGACAACAUACCUGGGUCUCCAUACCUCGAGCGCGGCGUUUGGCGACCGCUCAGUUUCUGUACAAAUCAGGAGGCGGCUGUUCGCGGGCGUGUUCAACAUUGACAAACUCAUUGCCAUUUUCACCGGCCGCCCGCCUCUUCUUAGCAGGCGCUUCAUCUCUGUCUCAGAGCCGCUCGACAUUUCCGACGAGGAGCUUCUGCAAGUACCACCCCGCCAAGGCGCGCCAUACGCCGGGAUUGACAGAGCAGGGUGGAGUUUGGGAAACAAGAUCCUCCAUGUCUCGCCGCUCCGUGCGCGGUUGAUGAUGGCCUACACCCGCGACUCGAUUCUGGAGAUUGCACUUCGGAACACGCUCAUGGCCUGCGAAGCCCCGCUUCUGGAGCUCAAACAGCAAGCCAACAGAAUGUACGACGGGUUUCCUUCCUCUCUCAAGUACGCUGCGGACGACUUGCUAAACCCGGCGCUGGACCAUGUGCAAGUCUACACGCGGUUGCACAUCACGCUGGAGCACCUACACAAUGUCUUCUUCGUCGAGCGCCUGCUAUCCAAGAUGCAAGAAGGCGUUACUGCGGAGCUCGUUCGGAUCAGCCUCGAAAUCAUUGAGUUGUCGCUGAUCCCGUUUACGAACCGACAGCUGACGACGGGCGUCAUGUGUGAUAUUGACUGGCUGCUCAUGGCGUACGGGGCGCCGGCUGGUGGCGUCUUGUGCAUGGAGCUGCUUCGACCGGCGGCGGCAUCGUCCGGGGCAUCUGGUGUCAAGAAGUCGACCAUGAUUCAGUCGCUGAGUAUGCUUGUGGGUUGUCUCAACGCCGUGCCGCCAGAUGCGCCGAACUACGGCGUCAGCGCAACGCUCAAGAAGAUUAUAGAGCAAGUAUUGGACCGCGUGCUGGACCCGCCAGCAGAGACGACGGGCCAAGAGUUUUCUGUAGAGGGUUGGGAGACCGACUUCUUAGUUGAUGCUGCUGAUCUGUUCAAUUCGGAUCUUUUGGAUACAUUUGACUGGUUUCGGCCAUAA